AGGCACAGAGAACACAGCCAAGGGUCGCGGAAGGACACACAGACGACGGUCGCGGUCGCGGUCCCCGGGCACCUUUUAACAUCAUGGCGUGGCAUCAUUUGGAUAUUGAUAAGCCUCAUUUAGCUUACAUGAUCUUGGGCGGUUUCACCGGCCUAUUCAUGCUUUGCUCGCUCUUUGUGAAGGAGAAACUGUACAUCGGUGAAGCAACAGUCGCUACUCUUUGCGGAAUCAUCUUCGGGCCACAUGCGGCCAAUCUCUUCAAUCCCCACGAAUGGGGAAAUGUUGACAAGAUCACUCUUGAGUGCUCUCGUAUCGUCCUGGUCGUCCAGUGUUUUGCUGUCGGUGUCGAAUUGCCAAAAUCAUACAUGAACCGUCAUUGGAAGUCCGUCUUCUUACUGCUGGUGCCGGUCAUGACUUGGGGCUGGCUUAUUACCAGCUUGUUCAUCUGGUGGAUGGUUCCUCCCCUCAGCUGGCUGGAGAGUCUUGUGUGCGCCGCUUGUGUGACAGCCACGGAUCCUGUGCUGGCGUCUUCAGUUGUCGGUAAAGGUAAAUUCGCCAAGCGUGUACCUAAGCAUUUGCGAGACCUGUUGUCGGCUGAGUCUGGCUGCAAUGACGGUAUGGCUUUUCCGUUCAUUUACCUAUCAUUCUACAUUUUACGUUACCGUCCAGACGCGGGAAAAGUGUCCCUGAACUGGUUCUGCGUCACAAUCUUAUACGAGUGUAUCUUUGGCGCCAUCUACGGUUUCCUCAUUGGUUAUUUCGCCCGUCAUUCAAUCAAAUUUGCCGAACGCAAACAGCUGAUUGACCGCGAGAGCUUUCUCGUCUUCUACUUUGUGCUGGCCGUCUUUUGCGCCGGCUCUGGUAGCUUGUUGGGUAUGGACGACCUUUUGAUAGGUUUCGCGGCAGGUGUGGGUUUCAGUAAUGAUGGAUGGUUCACGGAGAAAACCGAAGAGUCUCACGUAUCCAACGUUAUCGACCUUCUGCUGAACUUGGCGUAUUUCGUGUACUUUGGAUCCAUUAUCCCCUGGGAAACGUACAAUGCACCGGAGCUCGGCCUUGUCCCAUGGAGGCUUGUUGUGAUCGCCAUCUUGGUCAUCUUUUUCCGCCGUAUUCCCAUUAUGUUAAUCCUGAAACCAAUCAUACCGGAUGUGAAAACUUGGCGUGAGGCACUCUUCGCUGGUCAUUUCGGACCCAUUGGUGUCGGUGCCAUCUUCGCCGCCAUCUUGGCUCGAGCUGAAUUAGAAACGGAUAGCACGCAGCCCCUAACAGAGGCGGAGCUACCGAAAGCUGGUACGGCCGAUUAUUAUAUCGUCCAACUCAUCUGGCCCAUCACGACUUUUAUGGUCAUCUCGUCCAUUCUAGUCCAUGGUUCGUCGAUCGCUGUGUUCACCCUCGGAAAGCGCAUCAACACCCUGACCAUCACGCUGUCUUACACCACCGCAAAUGAUGAGGGUCCAUCAUGGAUGAAUCGUUUGCCUCGUGUGCAGUCUAUAGCGAAAGGCUCGAUGUCCUUCAGGAAGCCGGAUGAUACGGAUGCGUCUUCGAACGAACAGGAGUAUCCCCCCGGUACUCUUCCCCCGAUCGGUGUUCCUGGUAAUUUCCUGCGUCGGGUUCGGGAUGAAGAUACAGAGUCGCCUACCGGUAGGACGUCAAGUCGGAGACCCCGCAGACGCCGUCGGCACGUUUCUGGGGCGGGUGGUCCUAUCAGUCAGUCGGCGAUUGCACCUCAACGGCCUGUGGAGAGUGAAGACGCAGAGGAGGAAGAGGAGCGCGACAAAAUUGAACGAGAAGGCUCUCCACCGUCCAAGGAACGUGAUCAGUUCGGACGAGAGCCACUUGUGGAAGCUUAUCUGGAAGGCCAUCAUAUGAUCAUUGAAGAUGAAGAAGGAAAUGUUCUGAAGACAGAAGAUGUUAGUCAUAUAACACCCGAGGAGCGACAGCGACACAUCGAAGCACAGCGUGAUAAGCUGCUACAGGAGAAAUCGGGAGAGUUUGCCAAGUCCAGGAGCCGGCCACACGCAAGGUCAGAGGGAGAGGAGGUCGAAGAAGCUCUGGGAGAGAAGACCGGUCACCCUCUGGAAAAAGCUCGCAAGCGAUUUGGUCAGUGGAUUGGACUCGGAAAAGGUCGCGCCCAAGAGGCGGAAGACCAAGAAGUCGAAAAGGCUCCGGCGACGCAGCAGCAGCAGCAGCAGCAGCCUGCUGCUGAGAAGAAAUCCAAGGGCAAGUCUCGCUCAGCUCAUGCAUAUCAGUUCGGUAACACGAUCAUCGUCGAGGAUGAGGAUGGAGAGGUGAUCAAGAAGUACUCUAUCCCUUCAACCGACAAACCGGAGACAGGAGCGCCCGUCCGGCGUGGAUUGACCCGCAUGGGAACCUGGUUUGGCAUGGACGGUGAAGGAGAGCCAUCGCAGGCCGAGAAGAAGACAGCCGAGGAUGACUGGCUAGCAGACGAUGGUCUUCGAUUCACCGUGGCCGACGAUGACAACAUUGAUAAGAAGGGCGUUAGCCACAAGGGUCGCAGAAUGAACAAGCAUGAAUUCGUCCAGCAACUCCGCAACCUUGGUCCCAGAGCUCGUCGCGAUCUGGUGGAAGAGACAGAUGCGCCCCAGCAUGUCAAGGAAGUUGCCCGGGACGAAGCUCGGGACGCGGAGCGCAAAGAGUCUCUUGCUGGCGGUCCUGCCCAAGACACACAACAUCAAGGAACAUCUGCCCGACCUGCAUCCAUCUCGAGCAGCGGGUCAAGCAACGGGUCUGAUAUAGGGGUGCCUGGUGACAAUAUUGCUGCUUCAUUGGCCCGGUUCACCCGUGGCACGGCAGCAGAGGAGCGUCGCAGUACUCUCAACCCCUCCACUCGCCCUCGCUCACGCAGAGACUCUGAAGACGAUGGCACUGAGCGUGUGCCCCCGGCUCAACUUCGAGAAGCAGCUGGCCUGUCGCGUCCACCUCAGCAAGAUGAUGAUGACACGGGAGAAACACCUGCGGAACGCCGUCGUCGUCUCGCCGCUCUUGGUGAACUGAACUCGGACGAUUCCGAUGAGUCGGAUGCCGCGGUGGAAUCGGAUAGCGAGGACAAUACAGGGUUCCGUCGUGUCGGCAGCAAAGUCCAGUUUGUAGAAGGGACGAAGCCCUCCGAUAGUGGAAAUGGAAGUAACUCCAACCAAGGGAACGGUUCGAGUUCCUCGAGCUCUGCGCAUCAGCGCUCAAUCUCGUGGGGAGGAGAGAAAGGCCGGGAGGCUUAAAGAGAUCUGAACAACUCAUACCCCCACAAAAAAAAAAGAAAGAAAGAAAGAAAAUUUGAAGAGACAUGCAUCAAGCUAAUGAACCGUUA